CGAUCGUCGGCUACUUUCACUCGUCCGCCGGUGGUCCGCGCGCAGGCACGUUCCGCCUACUCGUCAGUGCGCCGCGAAUAUCCGCCAUGAAACACUUAGUGCCGUCCGCCGCCGUCGUCGUCGGCCUGCUGGCCGUCCAAACGCUGCUGAUGCUGACCGUGGUGCAGGACGCGACGGUCGCCAACACGGGCCAGGUGCGGGCCCAAGACAGCCCGUUCGAGAUCCCGGUGCAGCUCAUCGGUUUCCCGGUGAUCAUCAUGGCCGUGAGGAUGUCGAACUUCGUCAAGAAACUGGCGUACGCGCUCAGCCCGAGCACCUACAGAAGAAAGGUCAAAAGACAUUUGCUGCCGCCGGCCAUGAUGUCCUCCUCGACAACAUCCACCGUUGACUUGCUCAAGGCUCAGGAGAUGAUCCUUAAAGAAAUGGGACCGGACGCGUGCGUCUACGAAAAGGUGUGCGCCGCGUACGCCGAGGCGACCGCUCUGGCCAAAAAAAAUCACAACGAAAAGGACAGCAAGGACCGAAUGGACUGGGAAAAGAUCAUCAGUGGCUACAUGGAAACCGGACCCGCCAAAAAGAAGUAUUACAUGUUAAGCGUAUUUCUGGGUGACGUGCUCGGUUCCCCCGAGUUUUGUUCGAGGAUCGUACGGAAGAUUAAACGGUGCGAUGCGAAACGCGUCGACCACAAUUGAUACGCCGACGCUUGUGAGGAAAAAAAAAUUAUUUAUUUCAUACUCUCAUAAUAUCAUACAUAAGUAUUUUUAUGUGU